AUGUCUAAAGACGUACUCAAUAAAUACUGUACAGAUAAUCAAAAGUCCAAAACAUUGUCAAACAACGGCGCAGAUAGUCAAGAUGACAAAAAAAAAUUGUCAAAAAAAGCCUGGUUGCAAAAAGACUCUAAUUUCAAUAAAACUGAAACAGAUAAUAAUUGCAAUACAGAAGUAAUUUCACGUUCUAUUAAUAGGCUUUUAAAAAAUGAAAAAAAAUCUAGACCCACAGCAAACCCGACUAAAGUAUGUUUAAAACCGGAAGUCUUACACGAAUCUAAAGAACAGUUUGCACAAAGAAUAAAACAGGCGUGGAUCGAUCGGGAACAGUCUAAAUCAUGUAUUAAUAUUUAUUUGGCUAGAAAUGUUAUCGAAGAUCCUUUAAUGGAAUCUAUAGAUCAUGUACAGGAAUCUUCAAUACAAGAAGAGGAAAAGGACCCUAGUCGAACCGCGUUGGAAGUACAACUUCAGAACCAUGCAGGAGAAGGUGAUAAUUCACCAGAAGACUCUAGUGAGGAGGAAAAACCUCUUUCGGCUGCCGCCAGAAGAGUUAGGUUUUACAAGACUGCGAAACAACAACAGAACGAAAGACAAACUUUGACCAGAGCAAUGUCGGCGCCUUCGUCGAGACAACAAAGCGUGAACCCUACACAAGGACUUUAUUCGGCAAGUUCACGGAGAAAAUCUCAAGAUGUUCAUAGAUUUCCGACCAGAAAGCUGAAAUCUUGUAGGAGUAAAGCUUUCCAUAAAAGCAUUGAUGUGGAUAGUCGUCUGCCAAAUGGUCAAAAGUUUGGCAAAAAGAAUCAAAAUGUAGAAGUGGUAACGAUGAUGUCGCUUUUAAGUCCAGUUGGAAGUGAUGUGGAGGAAUCACCAACACCCGAUGACGUCUCCACAAAAACCGUUACAUUUCCUCAAUUUAAUAACAGUAUGCGUUAUCAUCAAAAAUCAUUUGAUAGUGCAAUGACAUCGAUUGGAAAACCAAAACUUCUCAACAACCGUGUUGGAAAAUCGUUGAUUAAAUCAAGAACAAUAGAGAUAACAAGGGAUGACGAUGAAGACGACGGGCCGGUUGUAAAAGAAGUAGUAAUUUCCAAACGCGGCGGCGACGACGGUGACGAUGACGAAACACUGCGGGACAAAGAAAUCGCACAGAUCGACGUCCGCUGCGACGUACUCGACGGCCAACCGAUGCUCAAGUCCGACAAAGAGAAAGAAUGUUGGGCUCUUUUCAAGAAAAUGACGGCCAAAGGAGUGUCCGUCACUUUUGAUACCGUAUUGAGAGGAAUGUUAACACCGACUGAAUAUAGACUGAGAAAAAACGAACUCCUGUUAUUCGGAUAG